AUGGGAAUCUCCCGUGACUCGCGGCACAAGCAUUACAAGACCGGCGGCCGUAGCAAUGUCUCCAUCAAGAAGCGCAAGUAUGAGAUGGGCCGCCCGGCCACGCCUUGCAAGCUGGGCCCGAAGCGCGUGCGAGUCGUCCGCUGCCGCGGCGGCAACAAGAAGUACCGCGCUCUGCGCCUGGACGCCGGCAACUACGCCUGGGGCUCCGAGAACAUUGCCAAGAAGGUGAGGAUUUUGGACGUGGUCUACAACGCCACGAGCAACGAGUUGGUGCGCACGAAGACCUUGCUCAAGAACACCGUCGUCCAGAUCGAUGCCCACCCCUUCAUGCAGUACUACCAGAAGAAGUAUGGAGUCGACCUUGGCAAGAAGAAGAAGGGAGGUGACAAGACCGAGAAGAAGGAGGAAAAGGAGGAGGUCAAGCUGAGCCGCCAUGUCAUCGCAAAGCAGAAGGCACGUGCCUCCAAGACCAAGCUGGACACCCUGCUGGAGGAGCAGUUCCAGAGCGGCCGACUGUUGGCCUGCAUCGCCUCGAGGCCUGGGCAGUGCGGCCGCGCGGACGGCUACGUCCUGGAGGGCGAGGAGCUGAACUUCUACAAGCGCAAGCUCGAGAAGAAGAAGAAGAACUGA